CGCCUACUCGCGGGCCAUCACAUUGCCCCUCCCUGCCCAGCGCCAGGCACCGCUCUCCCGCGGCCUUGGACCUCCUCCCCGAUCUCUGCGAGGGACCAGGAAGGAGACUGCGGGAUCCGCUCCGUAUCCCUCCGCCGGGGUCACCCCCUCCCCUCAGCAGGAACUAAUUCCCCUUCGGGUCACCCGGAACCUGGACCGGGAAAUUUCACGGAUAAGCGUUCCUCGGGAGCCUUGGAAGGCGAAACCACCUCCCCCAAUUACAGCCCUCCCCACCCCGACAGCGCAAAAGCGGGGUUCGGUGCAAACUAGGGCUUUGACCCCAUGACCCCGCCAAGGCCCGCCCCUUCCUGGUUGUCUUAGCGACGGCGGUGGCGUCCCAAGAUGGCGUCGUGGCUGCCGGAGACUCUGUACGAAACUGUAGGACAAGGCCCGGCGCCCAGCAAAGACUACUACCAGUUAUUGGUCACCCGCUCUCAGAUAAUCUUUAGAUGGUGGAAGAUCUCUCUGAGGAGUGAGUAUCGAUCUGCAAGACCUGGAGAAGAAAAAGACACUCAUGAAGACUUCCUAGAUAAUUCAUAUCUUCAGAUUCAGGUUGCCUUAAUAUUUGGUAAAAGAACACUAGACUACGUCUUCAAUUUGUGCAAAGGCGAAUUUGACUUCCUGGAGCGGCUCUUGGACAGUCUGCUCCUGAGUAUCAUUUCUUACCUGGAUCUUGAAGAUGUCACCAGGCUUUCUCAAACUUCAAGCAGAUUUGCAAAGCUGUGCAAGUCCGACGUCCUGUGGGAGCGGAUAGUUCAGUCGGCCUGUGACACUAUCACUCCCGACAUGAGGGCCCUGGCGGAGGACAUGGGCUGGAGACAGAUGUUUUUCACCAACAAGCUCCAGCUGCAGCGGCAACUCCGUAAGAGGAAGCAGAGACGGGAAAGCCAGCGACAGAUGCUACUUUAGGGACACCUUUUCCUACCUACCCACUGGGAGCUGAGGCAUGGCUGUUCUUCCCUUCAGGGUCGGAAUCUCUUGCUUAAAAGAAAUGAAAAUGAUUCUGGAGUCAUCUGGAAAAACCCUAGAGGGUCUGUGCACAAAUGCAGCCGAACCGAGUCACCAGUGCCUUUCUCGAACCACCAUCGCUGUCAACCUCAGAUGUCAAAGCUCAGGCCUGGAGCACGGGUGGAAAGACAGGAAGCCUCUCAGACCACUGUCUUCCCAAUACUCCUCACCCCCGAAACCCAUAGGACGAGCUUCUGCUGCGUAUAAACAACGACUACAGAUCACUAUUUUAUCUGAGCAUUUGAAAGGGUAACUGGUUUUUGAAUUUGUCCUGGUGUCGUGACAUAUUCGUCACUCUCCCAUUGCUGGGCACAGUGCCCUCUACCCACAACUUAGGGGGAGAGGUUUAGUUUGACUCAUGGUUUCAGAUGAUUCAGUUCAUGGUGGGCUGGCUGCAAGACAGAAACAGCAUACAGAAGGGCCUGGGACCAUGUAGAGUACUCAAGGUCAUGCCCUCAUGACCCAGCAGGAGCACCAGAAAAUGCUUUACUAAUCCCUUUGGCGGCUCCCAAGACAGUCAAGUUGACACACCAAGCUUAACAGCCACACACGGGAGCAGGUGCCACAGGAGAUGCUUUGGGUGGGUGCAGCUGCCUUCUCACCUUUGUUCAGUUUGUAUUUAGGGUCCAUCCUCAUGGGCCCAGGACGCCAGGUCUAUCCCCUGUGCAUGGCUGCAGAACUCCACACCUUCCUGAGAGUGUGUUCCCAGGAUGUUCUGUGACCUAAUCAUCCUGUUUUUCUUGUUUUGGUUUGGUUUUUUGAAACAGGGUCUUGCUAUGUAUUCCAGGAUGGCCUUGAACUCACGAUGUAGCCCAGGCAUCAUUUUGAGAGAAGUCAUUUAGAGUUUAAAGAAGAAAGGGAUACUUCAAAUGUAGACGUCAUGGGGUUUGCAAAGAUCAUACACUGAUUGUUACAGCUGUGCAACCCAGGAAUGAAAAGGCCGCUGGAGAACCACCCAGGCUUAGCUGCUGCCCUGAAUUCUUCAGGCAAGGCUGAAGACGUCGAAAUAAGGGAUCGAUACAGACCUUCAACUACACAUAAGCCUGCAGAAGUCUCCAGUCAUUGCCUUAACUGAUGAUGACCUUGGAUUCCAGCAGAGCCGCUACAAACCUGAGACUGCUCUAAGCAGAAACAGUCAUAGCAUGGAGCCAGGAUUCAGUGAUAAGGACAUUUCUGAAGCUGCCUUGCAAAACUAGACCUAAGACUGACAAGACUGAUAAGGAGAUGAAAUAGGAAAAUAUUAAUCUUCAUACCUAUUAGAUGUCUGAUAUGCUGAGUUUGUGUUCU